AUGACGUCCUACCGCGUUGCUGGUGAAAAUAGUCGAUGUCCUGCCGAUCGUGAACAAUCACCAUUAUGUUUUUGUCAAUCAACAUAUCGACGUUUUUCGUUACCGGACAUAUUCCUGUCGAAAUUAGACCUUCUGCAAUGUUCUACUCAAAACUCAACGCGUCAAUGUCGCCAAGGACGAUUUUCUCCGUCAACAACUCAUGUCACCCAACUGAUACCGAAUUUAGCCAAUCAUAGCCAUUGUACCGACGAUAGUCGUUGUCUACAUCCUAUCCGUGCGAUUCAACGCUGUUCCCAAUGUGAAAUUACACCUUCGACACCGUUAGCAGAGAAUAGUUCCUAUGUUAAUACAACAUCAACGGAUAAUCUUCCAUCUGAUUCAUGUUUUCAUGUUUGUGACCAUGAUAGAUCAUGCGGAUUCGUAUGUUUUGAUCGGCGUGUAACAAUUACUGUCGUUUGUAAAUUAUGUCGAGGAUAUCGACGAAAUGUUACUUGUCGUUGUGCUCGAGAAAGACAACCGUAUUCAUGUUUGCAAACGAUAUCCGAUACGACAACUGCGCGUUGGAUGCAGAAACGUGGCUUUCCUGCUGCAGGAAUACUUGCUCUACUGGUUCUAGUAACCGUUCUCUUAAUAAUCGCGAUGAAGCUAAUUAACCAUCGUAUUGCCAUAUUGAUUCGACGUAAAAACGGUUCUGUUCGCCGUUCGAUUACUACAUUAACAACCUAUCGAAGCCGACAACCAUCACCAUCAACAAUAAUUAGUUAUCCAAAUACACCAUUGAUUCCCGCUGUACAAUUACAAAAAGAUCUUGUUAAUACCAAUACAAUGGUUGAGUUGUUGAAUGACAAGUCACAAGAAUAUGCUGUUGACGUACAUCGACGCGACAAUGAAGAUGAAUUGAGUGUUUUCCUCCUCGAACAAGCACCAGCAUUGAAUUCCAAAGCAUCGAAAAUUCUGGGCAACGAGCCUGAUAUUGAUGAUGAUGUAGAAGAAGAAAAUCGAAUUUAA